GCUUUAUUUCUCCACAUCAGCAUCGUCUUUGCCUAAUUGGAUUUGCUGAAUACGGUUUUAUCAUCUUUGGGCAUACAAUUUGUCCUAUUUGGUGGGCUUCUAAAAAUUCCAAGCCCAGAUCAUCAGCCUCCAAUAGCUGCCGUGAAGCGUAACCUCAUCUCUUUCUUCUCCGUUGAAGUGUUGUAACUUCUUCUUCUCUUGCCUUCCCACUUCCACCUUUUUCAUUACUAUUCUCCAAAUCCGUUUCGCCUUUUAUUCUCAAUCCUUUUAUUGAACUUAAUCAAUAGAUUCCUUUCACCUUCCUCUCCAUUGUUCUAUUUAUAGAUCUAUUUUCAUAGAUUAUGUUACCAUUAAAAUCCAAAAAAAUCUCUCAAAUAGCUAUUCCGAUGGAACCCAAUGGUAACUCAUCAGGCUUCAGCGAUCAGAAGACCAACAAGAAGAUAUUCACUCCCUCCGCGACUAUGAAGCCACACGGGAAGUCCACUGCUGCCUUGGCGAUUGCGGCUAAACCUAACGGCAAAAGGGCUGUUUCAUCUGCCAUUCCGAAGAAGCAAAAAUCUGAUGUUGCUCUCUCCUCCGCGCAUGGUGACCGAGUGAUGUUCUUAAGAGAUGUUUCUCGCUGCCCACACGAAACCGAGUUGAGGUUUCUUCUGAUUAAUUUUUGGGAGGCUCGAAAUCCAAAUACGAAAGAGCUCAUUGGACAGGAGUUGCUUCUUAUUGACGAAGAGGAAGCUGUUAUUCAAGGUUUUGUUCCAGCAGGACGGGUUGGGAUGUAUGAGCUGACACCAGGAGCUGUUUAUAAACUGCCUGGCUUCUUCGGAUCCAGGAGCAAAGUCACGUUUCGGGUUGCUGAUCAUAGCGUCACUGUAUCGUUCUCUUGGAACUCUGAUUUGUCGGUUCUUGAUAACCAUCCUGUCCCAAUACUCCAAGAUAGGUUCUGGUUCCAUAACUAUGAGGAGUUUCAGGCCAACUGUGACCACAGGGUGACCUUUAUGAUUAUGUUGGUCACAUGAAACUGGUGAAUGGGUAGACUAUCACUGACCACACUGUCCUUGAUGAAGUUGACAUAGCAAAUAAGCGGCAUCUGUGUGUUCAUGUCCAGACACAUGUGUACGAUACGAUAGGGCACACGCACAAGUUCGUUGUCAAGGUUUCAGAUUAUAAUCUGAAAGGCAAGACUCAAACCAUAACUGUCACAAAGAUACUUCCACCAGAGGUUCCACUUGCUAUAUCACACUUGGAAGAAGGCACUGCUCAAGCAAUGUCCGAUGAUGUUUUGAAGAGUGGAGGUGAAGAAUCUGGUCCUUCUACGGGCUUUGAGCAUUCUGCUGGUGAUAGGGUUAGGAAAUCAUCUGAGAAUCUUGAAUCAAUUGAAGCCAAGCGUUCCAAGAGUGGCUAAUAGCGCCUCUGCAUAUCCUCUUUUGCAGUGAUUGUGUGUUGCUGCAUUUUAAGUAAUGUUUUUAUGUCGCUAAUAAGUUUUAAGAACUGGUUUUGUCUAUUAAGAGCUUAUGUUUUGUUUUUUUCAUAUCUAAACUUUGUUUUUGCAGCAUUUUAAUUAUCUACGUUAAAACUUCUUUUGCUUA